UUUUUUCGAGUUGGCAAAGUGUAAUGGCGAAACUAUUGUGGUUAGGCUUAUUUUGCCUGUGUCUAACACUAUCCCAUGGAAAGGGAAGCGUUUAUGAUGGCUUUAAGAUCUAUGAGUUGGCCAAAAGAAGCCGCUCCACUGGCAUUGAUUUCGUCGUAUCGGAGCUAGUUAAGAAUGAGUCAUACUAUGAGCUGUACAAUGAUGAUGGAACAUCUGCGCACAUUAUGGUCCAUCCAGAGGCACAGCCAGAGUUUAUACAGUUACUGGAUGGACAUACGUUAAGCUAUAAGAUCGUUAACCAGGAUGUUGGUUCAACGUUGCGUCGAGAGUUCGACAUGAAUCGCAUGCUGCGCAAUCGUUAUCCUUUUCAAGGACGUUUGGGAACAGAGCGUUAUUAUUCGCACGAUGAGAUCAAUCAGUAUAUUCAGCAGCUUGCUCAACAGCAUCCAAGUCGUGUGUUCCUCAAAACCGUGGGCAAAAGCUUCGAGGGACGUUGGAUGAAGAUGAUCCGGAUAACGAAUGGGGAUGGACGUCCCAAUAAGAACGUGAUCCUGAUGGAUGGUGGCAUUCAUGCCCGUGAAUGGAUCUCACCGGCUGCGGUAAUUUAUGCUAUCGGUGAGCUGGUGGACAACUAUGAGGCGCAUGCGGACCUGCUCUUGGAUUACGAUUGGGUAAUCUUACCAGUGGUGAAUCCCGAUGGCUAUGAGUACACCCAGCUGUCGGCGGACACAAGACUGUGGCGCAAGACUCGCCAGCCAAGAAGCACUGAAUGCAUUGGCACCGAUCCCAAUCGCAAUUUUGGUUUUCACUGGAACGAAGCGGGCUCUUCAUCGAAUCCAUGCUCGGAGACAUACGCUGGACCAAAGGCCUUCUCCGAACCGGAGGCUGUUGUGCUGCGUGAUGUCAUCCAUAGUCUGGCGGAUCGGGGCCAGAUGUAUCUGACGGUGCACUCCUACGGCAACUAUGUACUCCACCCCUGGGGCUAUAUCGACGAAGUGCCGGAUACUUGGGAGGAUCUGGAUGAAGUUGGACGCGCUGGUGCAGAUGCCAUAAAAGCGGCCACAGGCACCAUCUACCGGGUGGGCUGCUCCACCACUCUGUUGGGUGCAGCUGCCGGUGCUAGUGAUGAUUAUGCUUUUAAUGCUGGUUUUCCCAUAUCAUUCACGAUGGAAUUGCCAAGAGGUGGAAAUAACAAUUUCGACCCACCUGCAUCGGAUAUUGACAGACUCGUGAAGGAAACUUGGGUGGGCAUUGUGGCCAUGGGUCGCAAGGUUAUAGAAAAGUAUCCGCUUAAAUAAGGUCAGCUUCAUUCGGUUGAUCUUGUAUAUAUAUGUAUGUAUAUGUUAUGAUCAAAUUAUAUCUGCAAUAAAUUUGAAGAAAUUUUCAACUUUAAAUG